AUGGCUCAUAGUGAUGCCACCGACGACAGCGAGACGGUGAUGAUCAAUCCCAACUUGGUUGACUGGGAUGGACCAGAUGAUCCAGAAAAUCCGAUGAACUGGUCAAAAGGCAAAAAGGCUCUAUUCAUCGCAACGCUUGGCUACAUCUCAACUCUCAGCCCUCUUGCAUCAUCGAUCGCGGCACCGGGGAUUUCUUCCAUCAAAUCUGAUUUCAACGUCACGGAUACCUACGUCGGGGCCUUCAUGAUAUCAGGGUUUCUGAUCGGCUACUGCUGUGGUCCGCUAGCAAUUGCACCACUGUCAGAGAUGUACGGUCGCUACGUUCUGUACAACGUUGGAAGUCUCCUAUUUCUCAUUUUCAACGUCGCAUGCUCCGUGGCACCCAACUCGGGCAGCAUGAUUGCGUUUCGCAUCUUUGCCGGCAUAGGCGGAUCUGCCCCAUUGACACUCGGGGCUGCCUCGCUCGCAGACACAGUUCCGAGAGAGAAGAGAGGAGUUGCCAUGAUGGUCUGGACUCUUGGCCCGAUGGUGGGCCCGACCAUUGGGCCUAUCGCUGGAGGGUACCUAUCAGACACAAUAGGCUGGCGGUGGUCUUUUCGGGUGGUGUCGGUUGCGGCCGGGUUAGCUGCCUUAGGCACAGCAUUCUGCAUGCCUGAAUCAUACGCCCUGACUCUUCUCGAGCGAAAGACGCGACGACUCCGCCUACAAACCGGAAAUCCACACCUAGAAUCUGUUUUAACGACUCACCGCAAGCCAAAAGACCUAUUCAUGUUCUCCAUACUUCGACCGGCAAAGAUGAUGUUUCUAUCGCCCAUCGUCUUCUCCCUAUCAGUCUACAUGGCGAUCCUGUACGGUUACCUCUACCUGCUAUUUACCACUUUCCCUCAGGUCUUCAAGCAGCAGUACGGAUUCUCCCAAGGGUCAGCGGGCUUGGCGUAUAUUGGUAUUGGUGUAGGGUCCGUGGUUGGACUACUAUUUGCUGGUCUAGUGUCUGAUAAACUCGUACAGAAGUUGUCACUCAGAAAUGGCGGGCACUUUCAGCCAGAAUAUCGACUGCCGCCCAUGCUCAUUGGGGCUAUACUGGUUCCCAUAGGACUGUUCUGGUAUGGCUGGACUGCGGAUAAACAACUUCAAUGGAUGCUGCCUAUCAUAGGAACAGCUAUCCUGGGGUGCGGAAUUGUCAUAGUCCUGAUGUCAAUAUCGACAUAUCUAGUUGACGCAUUUACAAUAUAUGCAGCGUCAGCCAUGGCAGCCAGCACGGUCACCAGAUCAUUGUUGGGCGCGUUCUUGCCCCUGGCCGGUGACCGGUUGUACCAGAGCCUCGGACUCGGAUGGGGAAACUCACUCCUCGGCUUCAUUUCUUUCGCCAUGAUUCCAAUACCCUUAGUGUUCUACAAAUAUGGCCAAGCCAUUCGGCAAAUGAAAUUCUCUAACAUCAACUUCUAG